AUGACGAACCACACAGAGCUGACUGAGUUUAUCUUGCUGGGAAUCCCUCACAUGGAGGGUCUGGAGACUAUGCUUUUUGUCAUCUUCUUCUUCAUCUACCUCUUUACCCUGGUAGGGAACUCACUCAUUCUGGUGGCCAUCUUAUCUUCCUCUCGCCUUCACACUCCCAUGUAUUUCUUCUUGGGACUUUUAUCGAUUUUUGACAUAUUUUUCCCUUCAGUGACCUCUCCAAAAAUGCUAUUGUACCUCUCAGGGCAAAGCCAAGCUAUCUCUUAUAGUGGUUGUGCCUCCCAGCUCUUCUUCUACCAUUUCUUGGGCUGUACUGAGGGUGUUCUAUAUUCUGUAAUGUCUUAUGAUCGUUUUGUUGCCAUUUGUCACCCUUUGAGAUACACAAUUAUUAUGAACCCCAGACUUUGUGUGAUCCUGGUUAUGGGUGCCUGGUUGGUGGGCUGUACUGAUGCCACCAUCUUGGCCACAUUCACUUUUUCAUUAUCCUAUUGUGGCCCAAAUGAAAUAAGCUAUUACUUCUGUGACAUUCCUGCUGUCUUACCCCUUGCCUGUGCUGACAGUUCCCUAGCUCAGAGGGUAGGUUUCACUAAUGUUGGUCUUCUGGCUUUAACAUUAUUUUUCACUAUUCUUGUCUCCUAUACCCGCAUUGGGAUAGCCAUUUUGAGAAUCCGUUCAACUGAAGGCAGGCACAAGGCCUUCUCCACCUGCAGUGCCCACCUCACUGCAAUCCUGUGUGCCUAUGGACCAGUUAUCAUUAUCUAUCUACAGUCUACACCCAACCCCUUGCUUGGUGCUGUGGUUCAAAUAUUGAAUAACCUUGUCUCCCCUAUGUUGAAUUCUUUAAUAUAUUCUUUGAGGAAUAAGGAAGUAAAGAGAGCCCUGAAAAAUGUGUUAUAUAGGUCAGGAAUCAUUGGGGAGGUGUAA